AUGGCUGAUUUUGCAGGUUGUUCUCACCUAAUCCAGGACUACUGGGAUCAGCUUGUGUGCUGGCUCGAACCAUGUCCAGCUCCUCUGCUCCAUUGGCUUCAUGGCUCUGGCCUCAUCACCCAGUCGGAGUAUUUCUCCUUGCUGGAGAGCAGUCUCAGGAAGAACCAGGUUAUUGCCAUUCUGGAGAGGGUCAGUCACAAGCCAAUAGAAAGCCAAAUAUUCCUGGAGAAGCUGAAGGAACUGCAAGAGAUCUACAGCCCCGAUCUUCAGCAUUGGCUGCAAGAGAAUGUGUCCAAGCCGAGCGUAGCAGAACCUUUUCUAAUUCUACCAGAUCCUCCAUCUAAAAAGAAGAAACCCAAAAAGUACAAGUUGCCACAGAUAUCUGCAGCAGAUAUGCAAAAGAACAACUGCUCAACUUUCCGCAGGGGCUUGAAUCGACAAAUCAAAGCUGCCCUGCAAAACUACCGUCGCUUGUUGCUGACCCAAACUGACAAGCUGCGCACCAAUGUGGAAGAUAGUGAGCCAUGCAAAUGUCCUGCAAUCUACUAUCCUGACCUCCUGCUACUCAACAGGCCCUAUUCCAGCCCCACCAGCCAUGACUACGUGCAGCUGGCCUCUCAGCGGGCAUGGCUCCAUUCCUUCCAUGCCUCUUCCCGCCUGGACCUGCGUCAUCUUUUCUCUCCUCUUCCCCAGGAGAGCUCCCCACCUCAUCGUGUGAUGCUGAGUGGCCCUGCCGGCAUCGGCAAGACUGUCACUGUCCAGCAGAUCCUCCAUCACUGGGCACUGGGCACAGCCUUCCAAGGUUUUCUUUGUGUCCUGGAUUUUUCCUUCCAGGAGCUGAGUCUCAUCACCACAACCCAGAGUUUAGAAGAGCUGAUCUGCUGUAAGUUCACACACCUGAACGGAGUUCUCCCUGCACUGCUGGAGCGACCGAGGGAGCUCCUCCUGAUUUUGGAUGGACUGGAUGAGUUCAGGCAUCCACUGGACAGCAAAGAACCCUGCCUCUGGUCACAUGAGUCAGCCCAUGUGAAAGAUCUGGUGUGUGGUCUCCUCUAUGGGACCUUGCUUCCUGAGUCCACCAUUUUGGUCACAUCCAGAUCUUCCAUUACCCUCCCAUCAGAUCUUUUUAACCGUCAUGUUUUUGUCCUUGGUUUACAAGAAGCACAGGUAAAGGACUAUUUCUUCCAGUUCUUCCAGAGCCCCAAACAUGGCAUGGAAGUGUUGAGCUACAUCUCAUCUCACCAUGGCUUAGCCAACUUUACCUUCAUUCCUCUCUACUGCUUCAUUCUCUGUACAGCUCUGGGGCAAUACUUCCCAGAUGAGGGGAUGAACCAGGCCUCCCCACCCAGCACCAUCACGGAGAUAUAUCUUCUUUAUGUGUGCACCAUCCUGCAGUUGCACAAGCCUCCAACUCAACAAGCAGCAGCAAUUCAGUGUGAUCUAAGAAGGGACAAAGACUUGCUACUGCAGCUUGGUGAGCUUGCCUAUGCUGGUCUGCUAAGGGGACAGACUGUGUUCUAUGCAGAUGACCUACAGGAGUUUGGUUUUGAUCCACAGAACCUGCCAUCUGCUUACCUGAAUCAGAUUUUCUUCAAGGAGACCAAUGAAGUCUACAGCUUCUUCCACUUGACCAUACAGGAGUUUUUGGCUGCAUUAUAUUCAGUGAUUAUCUUGGACUUCGAUGCUAGCGAAUUAACUUCUUGCCUGGAUCUCUGGUGGAAUGGAAAAACUGCAGAAGAUGGAGCUGCCAGUAGCCCUCUGUCCCCAGCAGAGGGAUCUGCCAGUGGACUUUACAGUUAUACCUGGCAAUUCCUGAACAGAGACCCACAGUGGGACAAAUUGCAAAUGUUUUCCAGGUUUUUCAUGGGGUUGUUGACCGCUAGACUAGAAGGCAAGCUGGAAGGAUUGGCUGGGAGUUUGACAGGGAAACCAUUCAGGCGUUUGGCAGACUGGUUUGGGAAGAAGGUUUCAUAUGAAUCAGGUCAGAAGUUGCUGUCCUUGAUACAUUGCUUAGCAGAGCUGCACCAGGAUGAUGUGACCCGGCAGGUAGCUUCCAAGAUGGACGAGGUGGAUCUGUUCAAGGUGUCAUUGAACGUGGCUGAUUGCGCAGCUUUGGGAUAUGUACUGAGUUGCUCACAGUCUCAGGUGCUCCAGAAUCUCAACUUGAGCUACAGCAAUAUGGGCACCGAAGGACUGAAGCAGCUUCAGGAGCAUCUCUGUCACUGCAAAACUUUGCAACUGCGAUAUAAUUCUCUGGACUGGCAAGCAGCAGCAAUCGAAGCAGCCGUCCUAAGAUCCCCCCGGUGCUGUCUGAAAAGACUGAUGCUUUGUGGAAACUGCCUGAGAUCUCACGGGGCAAAUCUCUUAUGGAAUGCCCUUCGCAAUAAUGCCACCCUAGAAGAGCUUCACAUGGACAUGACGGACAUGACGGACAGAGGCCUCAAUAACAUUUUGGAUUCUCUAUCAGGAAAUACAACACUCAGGCUCCUGAGUGUCCCAGGAAACAGACUUAGCCAAACGGGCCAACAGAUCCUCUGUGAGUUGCGUCACAGAAAACCCAAACUUAAGAUUGUCACCAGUUUCCUGUCUGAUGUGGGUUUGCUCCAGAAGUAUCUGGAUUGGGUGGAAGAGAUCCAAGUCGAACCCAAGCAAAUGGAGUCUGUCAAGAAUGCCAACGCACUGGACUUGAUUCUGGAAACUUUGAAAGACGCAGAUGAUCCAGAUGUUAGCCAGGAAGCUCAGGAAAAGGCUGGACAGCUAAAGCAGAAGAUCCAUGCUCUCCUGAAAGAGAAGGAAGAAGAACAGAGCAACAAAACCUAUUUAAUCUGAUCUGUAAACUGGGACAAUGUUUUUGAGUCAACAGAUACCCUCUCCCAGGAGAACUUCUCGUCUCUUCAGCUUGAGCCCAUUCAUGCUUUUCAUUAAACAGGACAGUAUUCCUUGACUUAGCCCUUAAUUAAUAGUGAUAUAGGGAUGAUAACUUACAUCAGGUGGAAUUAUUGGUCGUAAAUAACAAAGAAUGAUCUAUUUGGCUGAUGUUCAAAAUCUCAAGAAAAUGGUGCUUAUGUUGUCUCCUAACAGUAUCUUUCUAAGUAAAGGUGUUACAUUCAGUUCCUUCUAUAGGGGCUUUACAAAACCAGAAAAGGAAACACAUGUGUCUUUUGUUAAACCCAAGUGUUUGUGAUUUUGCAAUAUCCCACAGCUGGAUAAAUGAUGUAAAGGGCUUAUAGGUAUGGUCAAGCAGUGCAGAAAAAUCAAGAGUUUAAAUUUCCUUUAGAUGUUGAUGAGGUUUUGGUUCAAUUCAUACAACCCAGAGUCAAGGAGAGCAGCAAAUGCAGCUUCUUUCCCCCAGAGGUUUAUUGUUCUUGUUAUAACAUGACUUGCCAUUUAGGCAAUGAUUUCAGUUAACUGGCAGAAUCUUCAUUUAUUGUAUUUUUGGCUUGAGCUUAGGGGCAAACAUGCUUCAGAUUAACAUCUUGUUUUCUAGGAUCUCUCCCUUUAGAGCAGUGUUUUUCAACCUUGGCAACUUGACGAUGU